GUUGGCGCGUCGCGUCUUCCACAUCUCUUCGAGUCUAUGAAGGUGGACAUGCGUGUCACAACCUCAAACACCUAUCAAUUGUAGGUCUGUUACCAGUCAGCGGUACAUCUGUUUACCAUGGCUCGCCGAAGGUACACUUCCUACAUUCAGAGGCCGGAUAGCGACGACUCUGAUGCCGAAGAGCACAUUUUUGUGGGAGGGAAACCUUCGGUCGAUGGUGGUGUGAGAAAGAGGGUGGGCGAUAUACGCUUUUGGCUCGAAGAUAGGGAGAACAGAUGUGCCCAAGGAGAGCGCCAUCAAGUCAAUGCUUCUGCCAGCGAAUCCGAUCAUAACAAAGACGCUCAGAAUUCGACCCUUGCGAAGACCACCACGACCCUUAAGCCAAAGCGAAGGAAUACAACCACACCCAGACGUAUUCUCUCGCACGUCGAGAUCACGGCCCCUGCUGCGCGCAAACUUCACAACCCCCCUACUCAGUUUGUCACGCAGCAAUCUUCGCCGCCAAUCGACGAACCACCCCUUCGUCCCGCUUCACCAGCCAUGCCACCCAAGAAGAAGAAGAUGGCAGAGGCUCCAUCUACUGCUCGCAUAUCCAAGAAGGGUGCUGGCUCCUCCACAGCAGCCAGUGCGCUUCCACCCCUGGCCGCGCCUGAUCUCCCUACUCGCCGAUCUCGACGUACUACCGUGCUUGUCAACUACGCCGAACCUGAAGUCGAGGAUCCCGUUGCCGAAGUGUCUCACCGCGGUCAGCGCAGAUCAUACGUCCAAUCUGAAGACGACUACUCGGAGUUAGAGACUCGAGGGUCAAUGUCUUCCACCAUGUCACUGGGCGAAUCCACCACCUCCUCUGUUGAGAACACAUCCGAUGAGACUGAAUCAGAGCAUGGAACUGCCUCCAAGAAGGCAAGGGCCAACAACGGACGCGCUCGCAAGCCUGCACAGUCAGCGGCUGGCACUGACACCCCGGUCGAGGGGGAGGAAGCUGUCAAUGUACCUGGCCAAAAGGUCAAGGCGUCCAGAAAGUCCAAGUCGAACAUGAAGAACCUUGCCUCCAACCAACCCAAGGCCGUCAACAAGAAGGCACAACCAAUGUCAGAUAUUGGCGACAUAUUUUCCGACAUAACCAACAAGUCGUCCAAGCCGAUUGUUCGUGAUCCAGAGCUGAACGAUGACGAGCCCGAGAUCAUUGAUCACAUCACCGAACGCACGUACAAGGAUGUGCUGGACCAUCUGGGUGGUCGUCGUCUUCGGGUUGCUACUAUGUGUUCAGGCACCGAGAGCCCUCUUCUCGCCUUGGAGAUGAUUUCAGAGGCCAGCAAGAGCCUGGGUCUGGCUGAACUGGAGUACGAAUCUGUGUUCAGUGCCGAGAUCGUGCCGUUCAAACAGGCUUACAUUGAACGCAACUUUCACCCACCCAUCAUCUUCAGGGAUAUCACAGAGAUCACCCACAGCAAGGAUGGCCAAGCCACCACUGCAUACGGCGCCAAGGUCGAUAUCCCUGGUAACGUUGACAUAGUCAUUGCUGGUACCGCUUGCGUUGACUUUUCGAACCUCAACAACAAUCAGAAGGGUCUCGCAGACCGAGGAGAAUCAGGUGAUACGUUUACUGCCGUUCUGAAGUACGCCGAGAAGUAUCGCCCAGCAAUGCUCGUGCUGGAGAAUGUCUUCGGCGCACCAUGGGAUGACAUGCUGGCCAGAUAUGAGGCGAUAGGCUACCUAUCAGCUGGUGUCUUGGUUGACACGAAGAACUUUUAUCUCCCUCAGACUCGUCAGCGCGGCUACAUGGUCUGUUACGACAAGGAGAGAAUCCACGCUAGCGAGGCUGAGAACCAGCCCAUGGAGGAAUUGAUGAAGAGAACGUUCUACGAACGCAUGCAAGAUUUCCGACGACACGCCAGCUCUCCUGUGUCGGAAUUUCUUCUGUCGAACGAUGAUGCGAUUGUCAUUCGUUCGAAGCAGCGCAUGGCUCGACAGUCAGCGCUUGAUAGUACACUCAGGGAUGUCGACUGGGCCAAGUGCGAGAUCCGACACAUCAAAUAUCGCAAGACCAUGAACCUUGGAAUCGCUAGGCCUUUGACAGAAUGGCAGGAGAGCGGUACGCUUGUUCUUCCCGAAAACUGUGACCUUGACUGGUUCCGCAAGCAAGUGGAGAGGGUGUGGGAUUUCAUCGACAUGUCAUUUCUUCGCAGGGCCGUCACAAUUCACAAGAAGCCGACCAUUAAAUCGAAGCCGAGAAAGAAUGCGAAUAAGCCGAAGACAAAGAACGCGAUAAAUCCCGAGACGAAGGACUCUGAAACGUCGAGUCCAGAGACAAAGUCUGUUCCUGGUUACGAUGGCCAAUACAAGACGCGAGUGUGGGACGUUUCCCAGAACAUCGACCGUUUCACCGAUACCGCUCCUUUCGGCAUCGCUCCUUGCCUAACACCUUCUGGCAACUUCUAUCUUCCUGAUCGAGGCGGUCCUUUGACGCACUCUGAGUGCUUGAUUUUGCAGGGGUUGCCUCUUGGCAGAAUCUCGUUCACCACUGAGACAGAACGUAACGUCCAGGAUCUUGCCGGAAACGCGAUGAGUACCACGGUUGUUGGUUCUGCCAUCUUGUCCGCCCUCAUCUCAGGCUUCGAGAUUCUAGACAAGCCGUCUCAUGCUCAGUCUGGAAACGAAAACAGCGUGUUCGAAACCAGAAUUACUGCAGACGAAGAGCUUGGACCGUUCCAGUCAACCUCUCAGGCAGCUUUGCACAAGAUCGACAUGCAGAAGCUACUGGAGGCUGCCGCCAAAUCAGCUAGUAUGUGCGUCUGUGAAGGUCAAGUUGGUACGACUGAAAAGCCUAUCCAGACAUGCAGCGGUUGCGGCCAUACCUCAUGCAUAGCUUGCGGUAUAAAACCCAGUCACGAGUAUCACACUCUUCCGAAUUCCGACCGGGAGCACCCCGAACAUUUCAUUCGAGAGUGGAGGUCUCAAAUCCCCAUGCUCGUCCAAUUUGUCGGCAUCCAGCAUGUUCUUCGUAUCGUUGAAGAAGCACUCAAGGUUCCUGGUGGUAACACCAAGAAGUACGACAAGGAGAGGAGCUUGAAGAAACAAUAUGCCAACGCAGUUGCCGACGCCGUCCAAACUCCUCUUACCUUCAGUGGCUUCAGAAGGGCAUCUUCGUGGAUCCUCACCUAUGAGUCGAACUUCGCCCGCCUCGAACUGGUAUUGAACUCUAAGCAUCCGAAGUGGAAGCUAUACGCCAAGCCUUCCAACGCUCUUCAAGGCGACAAUGAGGUGCGCACUUUCCUGGAAGAGCCCAUUGCUACCACCCAAGCGCUCGGAGAUUCUUUCCUAGGCGCCAAAUGGCAGUGGCGCGUCUUUGAGCUUGCCACAAAUUCAAUACGCCAGCUCACUAUCGAAGGCGUCUCCGAGGAAGGAGAAGAGGGAAAAGUUCCAUCAUGGGCUGCCCGACUUGGUCUCCCCAAACAUCUGCAUGAGCAAGUCUGGACCGAACUAGAUGUUACUGUUCUGAGCCCACCUCUUCCCGAUGGUGUUGACAUUGAGGGACGCUACAGACUUCUACAAAACUGUGGCACCGCUUGCGAGUCUUUGUACAAGCGUACACAGCCUCCUAGCAACACCAAAAUGUUCUUGUUUCUCGAUCCUGCACGCAUUGGCAAUCCCAAGGACGACGGCUUUGUCUUCGCGUCUGAUCCCUCAAAGAUACAAUAUGAUCAAGUCAGAGAGGUUGUUGCUAGACUCGAUGCAAAGUGGCGGCCCGAGAAUUUGACUAAGCUGAACGCUUCUCCCCAAGUCGCGGUUUAUCUCAAUGGAGGAUCGGCGGAAGAAAACUCUUGUUCCCUCGCUGCUCUGGACGUGAGCUCCUCAAUCUGUCUGAAUGAAAACUCUCUGCUCAACUCCGAAUGCAAGUCUACCAAGGCUGUGGCCACCCUUCAGUUCGACCUGCCCUCUUCGGUAGAUGACAAGUCUUUGGCGCGCUUCCAAGGUCUUCAGAGCAUUGCUCCCGACAACAAGGCUUUCUUCCAGACUUUCGGAUGGGCCAUGGAGCCACUCCGUCAGAACCAUUGUUUUUCAGGCGCUCAUGAUCUGCAUGGCGACGUUGAAUGCACGGAUUGUGCACCUACUCUGCCUGAGGUACGUUGGCGAAUCUUCAUGAAUGGGACAAAGGCUCCCGAGCUCCGCGCCUACGAGGACCCUGAGACCGCCAGAAGGUACGAGAAGGCAAUCAAGGAGCGUCCUGAGCCGUUUUUGAUCGAAAGUGAUCUCAGAGGAAAAUCAGUCACAUUGAAAGUUGAAAUCAACAUCCUCACAUUGUGCGAGAGAGCUGUCGGAAAGCUCAGCCGAUUGACAGAUAUUCCUGGUUCUGUUUCAUGGAAUCUUGACACGAACUGGCUUGACGAGGCUGCUGAAAACUUGCCUGCCUUUAUUCUGCGCAACAACAGGAACGAGGACGAGUCCGCUGAUGGCAUGCUUCAGAACAACACUGAGCUGUUCCCCAUUCAAAAGAAAUCUCUCACCUGGAUGAAGAAUCAAGAAAGGGAUUCCGGUCAAGUGUUUGAUCUCAAGGAGACAGAGGAGGCUCUUUUGCCCUACCUAGGUUGGCGCCUUGAAGCUCAAGCUUCCGCCAGGGUUCACGUCAAGGGUGGCAUUCUUGCCGAUCAUGCUGGAUUCGGAAAGACGGUCACUUCACUUGCACUCAUUCAAUCAGAAUUCAGCGAAAAGAGCAGCGCAGACCAUAUCAAGGCUGGCAUGAGAAAUCUAUCAAUUGACAUCGAGGAAGAUGGCAAGCAAGUGAAGCUGCACAAGCUCGCUGCUACGCUUGUCAUAUGCCCCCCUAACCUCGUCCACCAAUGGGAAGGUGAGAUCGAGCUACUUCUUGGCAGGGAGUACAGCAGUGAUCGUCUUGUGGUGAUCAACAAGGCCGAUGAACUCAUCAAGAAGACCGUGGAGGAAUUUGAGGCCGCGAGGAUAAUCCUUGUGAGUAACAAGGUGCUCUCAAGUAAGAGAUACAGAGACCAUCUUGCCAUGUUUGCCGCGAUUCCUGAGUACAAUGGUAACAAAUCCCGAGCUCUUCAGUCAUGGCUCAAGGACGCCGCUUCUCGCGCACAGAAGCAUCUCCAGAUGCGCAAGGAAGUUGACAGCGAACUUUUCAAGCAGCAACUCAAGAAGCGGUAUGAGGAUAUUUUGAACGACCAGAAAUACCGCGAGUUCGCUGAACAGUCCAAGCGCGUCAAGGGAAAACAAUAUCUGGUCCAACAGGAAAAGAUGUCCGGGAAGCUCAAGUAUGCAGAGAUCGAGCUGCUCAAGAACGAACAGCUGGAUACCACCAACGCUCCGGAGUGUGCUCUUUUGCAUAUGUUUCAUUUCAACCGCUUAAUAGUGGACGAGUUCUCGUACUCUGAGGGUGAUGAUCUUGUUGCUUACUGCAGCUUGACGGCAGACAAGCGCUGGGCGCUUUCAGCCACCCCCAGAAUGAAGGAUACCUACGAUGUUUCUAGGAUGGCCCGUUUCCUCGAUUUGAAUUUGCCCAUCGGAGCAAGUGCACCUGGCCUCUUGUCGAAUGCGAACAUGACGGCUUUGCGUAAGGACAUGACCAACCUGGAGCAAUUUGAGACCUUCCGCGAGCUACCUUCACGAACUUCGCAAGAGAAGAUCCAUACCCUUGCACAAGACUUCUUGAACACAUUCGUUCGACAGAACGUUCUGGCAUUUGACGAUAAGCCUUACAGAGACAUCAUCGUUCCAGUUGUAUUGCACGCCGACCAUCGUCUAGUCUACACAGAUCUGUCGCAGAAGCUAAACUCGCAGGACAUGCGAAUUCGCAAGGGAGACUUCAAGGGCAGACUGAGAGUUAUGCCUGGUUUGUCCACUGCUGAGGAAGCUCUUGUGAGCACGGCCGCGAUCUUCGAUCCCAAGAAGCGACUGCUUACAGUCGACGAGAACACAAAGGCCACAAAGGCUCCCAAGCCAUCUCGUAGAAAGGCCAACGAACUUGACGACGACCAAUCCUCAGAUGCUGGCGAACAGACGACUUGUGACCUUACUGUGGAGAGUGUCAUCAACGAUGUGGGCCUAGGUCUAGAAGCACUAUCGAAGCAACGCGAGACCGACCACAAGGAAGCCAGGGAUGUUCUCAAGGCGAGUCUCAAGAAAUGUUCCAAGAGAGCUCAGGACGCCAAGCUCAAGGAUUUCGAAGAAUGGCUUCAGAACAUUGUGUCGACCAAGUCGUUGGGAGAUUGGUCUGUAACUAAGGAGGUCGUCAAAAUGUCCGGAUUAUCGCUGUCAAAACUCGGCAUUGAGUCUGCAGAGACAUGUGCGAGUGAUGAAGCCUCUCUUUCGGCCCCCGAGGACGAUAACACGACUGGUGCUCAGAAGAGUGCAAAGCGAAAGCGCUCUGAGAUUGAAGUCGCCUCCAAAGACACUGAAGGUGAGGUCGAUGAGGGCGAUGGCAUCACUGCUGAUGCGGAGGAUGCCAAGGAAUCUGGCAAACUGAAGACACUCAAGGAUGCCAUGAGCAUCGCCAUCAGAGAUGUCAGAUCUUACCUCAACGCCGAGAGAACCCUUCGCUUCGUCAAACACGCCGAGCAGCAUGUGCAUAGUCGCCAUGACCCUUCGAAACGCUUAACUUGCAAUGUUGAAAAUUGUAAGGGUGCCGUCACAGACGCCGAUGACCUUGAUGUGUCGGCAGUAUGCGGUCACGUCUUGUGUGCAGACUGUAUCGACGAUAGCAGAAAACAACUUGGCAUUUGUCCUGUCAGUGUGUGUGGCAAGGAGGUUCAUUCUUUCAAUCUUCUCCGCCUCGGCAAGCUUGGAGACUCAGUGAAGAGCGCAUACGGCAACAAGGUGGAGAAAGUCAUCCAAUUACUCAAGACUGUUGUCCCUGAGGAUGACCAGGUCAUCCUGUUCGUGCAGUUUGAAGAUCAGAUUAAAGAGUUGACCAACGCUCUUGAGAGCGAGUCCAUCACAUACUACAAGACCAACCAGGAUACUGGCAUAACCCUCCGGCAAUUCCAAGCCCACAACGACAACGAGGCCGAGCAUAUCAACAGAAAGAAGGUGCUGAUUCUGAAUUCAGACAGCGAGUCUGCCGCUGGCGCAAACUUGACCGGUGCCAACCACGUCAUCUUUUUCAGCCCCCUGAUCAAGACAACACAAUAUGAGUACGAGGCCCAGAUGGCACAAGCCAUCGGUCGUGUGCGCCGUCAUAAGCAGAAUAAGCCCAUCUUUGUCUACCGCAUCGUCGCUCUUGACACAAUCGACGUCGACAUUCUCGAGCACCGUGAGCGCAAUACCAAAGUCUUGGAAGAGAUGCAAGAAUCCGACACCUCCCAGAUGCAAGUCGACGGCACUGACUUUGAAGGCGCCUAUAAGAAGUCGGGCCAGGCCAAACCUUACGUGCCCGACAAGAUGCAGCUCAUCCGCGAUGUGGAUGGCAAGAUCAAGCUCAUGCCCCGCAAGAUGCUGCUCGCUUUUGGAAAGGGAAACAAGGCCAUCUUUGAGACCGAAAAGCGCAUCAUGGGAUAUGAGAAGUUCAACAACCUUCUUAAGUUCUCCAGAGCCUUUACUCAGGAUGAUUGAUUGCCCCUCAUCACAACACUUUGACCUUUUUUGACUUUUCUUUGCACCAACACGAGAGAACGCUUUUGGUCUCCAUCAAGAAGGGGCUUUUUCUUCUUUGAACGACACCUUUUCUUGAUUCGUUCUGUUUUCCUGUUUUCCUCACCAGCAACACCACCACAGCAUGAAUUAUCACGGCACCACAGCAUUCACAGUCUGUUUUUUUUCUUUCUUGUUUUCUUGAGGGUCUUUGAAAGGGCAUGUGCAUCACAGCAAGGGAGUUUAAUUUGGGUUAACCGGGGAGCGCGAAAAGAGCAUACAUUAGAGUUGAAUGAUAGGCAUGAGCACGACAGGAAAAAAUAAUGAUCAACGACACAAAAACACAUAGAUAGACAAAAAAAAAAGCAACGUCAGAGUUAUAC